AUGGAGGUUGCUUCGACUUUUAUAUCCAACUCAUCAUUAUUAAUCAACAAAUCCAUCAGCGAUUUCAGCUUGGACAAACUCAGUUUGGGAAAUUUUGGGUUUUCUGAUUUAAAAAAUUUAAACUGGGUGUCUUUGCUAAUUACUUCAGUCAUAGCUUUGUUGAUCUAUGAUCAAAUUAAAUAUCAACUAAAUAAAGGUUCGAUUGCCGGUCCAACUUUUAAAAUUUGGCCCAUCAUCGGUCCGUUUUUAGAGUCGUUUGAUCCCAAGUUCGAAGAAUACAAGGCCAAAUGGGAUUCAGGACCAUUAUCGUGUGUUUCCAUCUUCCACAAAUUUGUUAUAAUUGCUUCCAAAAGAGACAUUGCAAGAAAAAUUCUUAUGUCUCCCAAAUAUGUCAAACCCUGUGUAGUUGAUGUCGCUGUGAAAAUUUUGAGACCAACUAACUGGGUUUUCCUUGACGGUAAAGCCCAUGUUGACUAUAGAAAGGGCUUGAAUGGGCUAUUUACCAGAAAUGCUUUGCAAUCAUACAUUCCAGCUCAAGAGUUUGUCUAUGACAGAUAUUUGACAAAGUUUCAAGAAAUCACGAAAAAAAAUGGGAAAUAUCCAUUUUUUCACGAUUUCAGAGAAAUAAUGUGUGCAGUGAGUUUGAAGACAUUUUGUGGUGACUAUAUAACUGAUGAUCAGAUUAGAACUAUUGCUGAUGAUUACUAUUUAGUUACCGCUGCAUUGGAAUUGGUGAACUUUCCUAUUAUUUUGCCAUUUACAAAGCCUUGGUAUGGUCGAAAAGUUGCUGAUAUGACAAUGAAGAUUUUUGAACAGUGUGCAAAGUUGUCAAAGGAAAACAUCAGAAGUGGUGCUAUUGGAAACUGCGUUAUGGAUGCUUGGGUUGAGAUUAUGGAUGAUCAAUCCAAUACAGUUCGUGAGUUCUCGAACAGAGAAAUUUCAGAAGCUAUCUUCACAUUUUUAUUUGCUUCUCAAGACGCUUCAUCGUCUGCAUGUUGUUGGUUGUUCCAAAUAGUGGCAGACAGACCUGAUGUGAUCCAAAAGAUCCGUGAAGAACAAUUAAGAGUUCGUGAUAAUGAUCCAUACAAGAAAUUAAGUUUUGAAAUGAUAGAAAACAUGACAUAUACCAACAUGGUUGUCAAAGAGACACUAAGAUUCAGACCACCAGUUUUGAUGGUGCCAUACGUUGUCAAGAAAAACUACCCAAUAGAUGAAAACUACACUGCUCCAAAGGGAUCAAUGUUGAUUCCAACUUUAUACCCUGCGUUACAUGACCCUGAGGUUUAUGAGGAUCCAGAGGAGUUUAUUCCAGAAAGAUGGGUUGAAGGGUCGAAGGCAUCAGAAGCUAAGAAAAACUGGUUAGUAUUUGGCACCGGACCUCAUGUUUGUUUGGGCCAGCAAUAUGUUAUGAUGAUGUUUACUGGAUUGAUUGGAAAAGCCUUUUUAUUUAACGAUAUCAAGCACCACAUCACUCCGCUAUCUGAAGAAAUCAGAGUGUUUGCAACUAUUUUUCCUAAAGAUGAUUGUAUUUUGGAGUUUACAAAAAGAAAAGAUCCCAAGGCUCUUGAAUAA